UACAAAUUGCAUAGGAAAUGCUUAUUGUGAUAUUAGUUAUAAAGACUAUAUGGAACUUAAAAACAGAUCUGAAGUUAGCAACUCCUACUUCGAAAAAGAAGCAAUUCAUCAUUAUGAAUUGUGGAUGCAAAAUACUAUCAGAAGAGUUAAACGUGCAAAAGAGAUUGGGGAAAAAAUUCGAGCUCAUUAUAAACUCUUAUGGGAAAUUAGAGAAGAAUCACGUCAAAUUAACAAUUUGUUGUCUACCACUUUUCAUUUUGAUUUUUCAGGUUCAAAAUUCAUGGGCUCAGUAG